AUGGAACUACUUCGAUUAAGUUCUAAUCAUGUUGAAUUCACCUACAAUAAAUAUGAUAAUAUGCAAUCAAAUAUUGUAUUGUAUAAUGAUACUCUUACUCCUAUUGCAUUUAAAGUACAAUUCAUUUUAUUCUUAGUUCAAAGCAUCAAAUCCAAAUAUCUUUUUAGUAAGACCAUCAAUUGGAAUACUUUAACCUAAACAAAAUUAAUUAGUUAAUGUAACACUUCAUUGUAAAGUCCUUGAAAAUGCUUUGAUUAAUUAAUUUAAUGAAAAAUUGCAAUUAAUAUCUGUUCCUAUUUUCUCAGAAAUCUAAGACCCAACAACUAUAUUCAAAGAUCCAAGCAGACCAUCUGAAAAUCAAAAAAUUAACAUAGUCAUAUAAACUAUUGAUAAAAAGAUUAUAUCAUAAGGUUGUGGAAAUGCUAAUUAAGUGUUUUAGUCACUUCAUAAAUAGAAUAAUUAAUUAGACUUUAACAAUACUAUUACAGAACCUAAAUUUGAUUAAACCAGAUUUCAAUCUAACAAUAAUCAACCCAAUUUUGGAUUACUCUAAUAAGAGAUGGUUCAAAAUGAAUAACAAUUAGUAAUUAUUUAUUUAAUUUCUUUUUAGUUAAAUUUACAAAAGACACAUAGUAAUUCAAUCUUAAAACCAAAGAACGAACCUAGUAAAAACUCUAAAGAUACAAUACUUAUUGUUAUCAUAAGCAUAAUUUCAUUCUAUCUAGUUUUGCGAUAUUUUGAUUUAAUAAAUAAAAUUAUUCCAAAAUGA